AUCGGGAAGCGCAGGAGCGGAGGCAUCCGCCGCGCGCCCCGCCAGCCAGCAGCCGACCGGAGGAGGAGGCAAACUUGAGAGCGGCGAGGCGAGGGGCGCGCUGGCGGAGGGAAAACUUUAAUCAGCUCCUCAAGGGGGGAAAAAUAGAGAGAAAGGGAGAGAAAAUCCAAAAGACAAGAACGGUGGCGGCGGGGGAUGGUGGUUCUGAGAUCCGAACCCCGCGAUCCGAUCCGAUCACGGCCCACCGUGCGGCCGUGAGAGAAAGUUGACCAGCGGGACGGCUUUCUCCGCGCCGGGCCCGCGUCCGGUUGAAGUGUCUGUCCAUCUGCGCUCCGAGAGAACCCGGGUGGGAGACCCAGCCGCACUGCCGGGUCGCGUGGGUCAGGGCUCUUGCCCCACCCUUCCACGGGGACACGAAGGUUAAAAAAAUCAAUCAUGACUGAGUCUGCAUCUAGCACAAGUGGUCAAGAGUUUGAUGUGUUCAGUGUUAUGGACUGGAAGGAUGGGGUUGGUACCUUACCAGGAAGUGAUUUAAAGUUUCGGGUGAAUGAGUUCGGCGCUUUGGAAGUCAUCACAGAUGAAAGCGACAUGGAAAGUGUUAAGAAAGCCACGGCCACCACCACUUGGAUGGUCCCGACUGCGCAAGAGGCCCCGACCUCUCCCCCGAGCUCCAGGCCCGUAUUUCCACCUGCCUACUGGACAUCUCCACCCGGAUGUCCCACAGUCUUUCCAGAGAAGCCUGGGGUACCAUUUAGGUUGAAGGAUCAAACAAAAGUAGAUGGGCUUCAGUUUUGUGAGAACUGUUGCCAGUACGGCAACGGAGACGAGUGUCUCUCUGGAGGAAAGUACUGCAGUCAGAACUGCGCUCGGCACGUCAAAGACAAAGAUCAGAAAGAAGAAAGAGAUGGAGGCGAAGAUGAAGAAGAGGAUCCCAAGUGUAGCCGGAAGAAAAAACCAAAGUUAUCCCUGAAAGCUGACUCCAAGGAGGAUGGAGAAGAGAGAGAUGAUGAAAUGGAGAACAAACAAGAUGGAAGGAUCCUGCGCGGUUCGCAGAGAGCCAGAAGAAAAAGACGCGGGGAUUCAACUGUCUUAAAGCAGGGUUUGCCUCCUAAAGGCAAGAAAACUUGGUGCUGGGCGUCCUACCUGGAGGAGGAGAAAGCUGUGGCAGUGCCUGCGAAGCUUUUCAAAGAGCACCAGUCCUUUCCGUACAACAAAAACGGGUUCAAAGUUGGCAUGAAGCUAGAAGGCGUGGACCCUGAGCAUCAGGCAGUGUACUGUGUCCUCACCGUGGCCGAGGUUUGUGGAUAUAGGAUAAAGCUUCACUUUGAUGGAUAUUCUGAUUGCUAUGACUUCUGGGUAAAUGCAGAUGCUCUGGACAUCCACCCAGUAGGGUGGUGUGAGAAAACUGGCCAUAAACUCCACCCUCCAAAAGGGUAUAAAGAAGAAGAGUUUAAUUGGCAGUCCUACCUUAAGACAUGCAAAGCCCAGGCUGCUCCGAAGUCGUUAUUUGAAAACCAGAACAUAACAGCGAUCCCCUCAGGCUUCCGAGUUGGGAUGAAGCUUGAGGCGGCAGACAAAAAGAGCCCUUCCUUCAUCUGCGUUGCUACGGUGACAGAUAUGGUGGACAAUCGUUUCCUGGUACAUUUUGACAACUGGGAUGAGAGCUAUGACUACUGGUGUGAAUCAUCCAGUCCACACAUCCACCCAGUGGGUUGGUGCAAAGAACAUAGGAGAACCUUGAUUACGCCACCAGGAUACUCACAUGUGAAACACUUUUCCUGGGAUAAAUAUUUAGAAGAAACCAACUCUUUACCUGCUCCUGCGAGAGCAUUCAAAGUGAAACCUCCACACGGAUUCCAGAAGAAAAUGAAGCUUGAAGCUGUAGACAGAAGAAACCCCCUGUUUAUCAGAGUAGCGACUGUAGCAGACACAGACGACCACCGGAUAAAAGUUCACUUUGAUGGCUGGAGCAGUUGCUAUGACUACUGGGUAGAUGCAGAUUCUCCAGACAUUCACCCCGUGGGCUGGUGCUCCAAAACCGGGCACCCUCUUCAGGCUCCCCUAAGUCCUGCAGAAUUAAUGGAGCCAUCAGAAACUGGGGGCUGUCCAACUCUCGGCUGCAAGGGGAUUGGUCAUUUCAAAAAGUCGAGAUACCUAGGCACUCAGAGUGGUGCCAACUGCCCCUAUUCAGAAAUCAACUUGAAUAAGGACCGCAUCUUCCCAGACCGCCUAAGUGGUGAGAUGCCUCCAUCCAGCCCAUCGUUUCCAAGGAGUAAAAGGACAGACACUAACGAAAGCACAUCAUCUCCUGCGACCAGGGACCAGCAUGCUGAUGACACCAAAGAAGAUUCUGAAGAGAAAAGAGAAAAUGAAGUGAGGACAUCAGCUGAAGCCAAAGUUGUUCGGGAAGAACCUACCCCUGUGGUACAGCAGUCUCAGCAGAUCCAGCAAGUGCAGCAGGCUCCGCCUUCUCAGCUGCCUCAGCAGGGACAGCAGCCUCAGCCGACUCCCCAGGUUCAACAGACUCAACAGGCCCAGCCACCACAGCACCCUCAGCAUCCCCAGCACCUCCAGCAGGCCCCGCAGACCCAGCAGCCUCUGCCGGUUCAAGUGGCUCAGCCGACUCAGCCAACUCCGCAGGCCCAGCAGGCACAGCGGCGGUCAGCUGUCUUUCUCUCCUUUAAGCCCCCAAUUCCUUGCCUGCCCUUGCGCUGGGAACAGCAAAGCAAGCUCCUUCCAACCGUCGCUGGCAUCCCUGCUAGCAGAGUUUCCAAAUGGAGCACAGAUGAGGUGUCAGAAUUCAUUCAGAGUUUGCCUGGGUGUGAAGAGCACGGCAAGGUGUUUAAGGAUGAACAAAUUGAUGGAGAAGCAUUUUUACUCAUGACCCAGACAGACAUUGUUAAAAUUAUGAGCAUUAAGCUGGGCCCAGCUCUCAAAAUUUUCAACUCUAUUCUGAUGUUCAAAGCUGCGGAGAAGAAUUCCCACAACGAACUGUGAAGACGGUGAAUUCUGACACCGCCAGCUUCUGCUUUGUAGCUCAUUAUGUUUUUUCAAAGCACAAGGACGCCUCUAGCUCAUGAGUGAGACGUCUCCGGAACUCACAAGAGCAACACUACGGGAUCCCACCUGUCCCUCCAGACUGCCCCACAUCCCUAGGAAAUGCUCAAGCUUCUUGCUGGCUGCUGUCCAGCAACAGUCAUCUUUUGGUUCUGCCCGCUGAGCUAAACUUAC